AUGAAGCAGGUUAUUAUCAUUUAUGCUCAAUUUUUCAUUUAUUUCAUUAUUCAUUCUGUGGAAAAUUAUCGAACGCCGAAAGUAUCACGACAUACGUUAGAUCAUAUCAAACAACUUAUCACUCUAAAAGCACAAAGGCAGAUUGAGAAGAUUGAUGAUAGAAUAUUGGCUGAUCAAAUAGUAUUAGAACGAAGGAAUCCGGAAGCAAAACGGCAUCAUAAUGAAUUAUUGAUCAAUGAUCCGGAUGCAUACUAUCAAGGUGAUGUCGAUUUGUCGGAGAAGCAAGCUGAAAUGUUAAGCAAACAUUUGAAAAGUGAAAUUGUUUUGAAAGAAAAAGACGAUGAAAUAAAACGCCAAAAAAGGAGUGUUGGCCUUGAACCGUUUUAUGUUCGAUGGGAUCAUAAACAUCCAAUCAGUUAUGAUUUUGCGGAAACAAUUCCAUUCGAAACACGAGCAAAAAUUCGUGCAGCAUUAGCAUUAUGGGAAGAACGAACAUGUAUACGAUUUCAGGAAAAUGGCCCAAAUGUGGAUCGGAUUGAAUUUUUUGAUGGUGGUGGUUGUUCAAGUUUUGUUGGCCGAACAGGAGGCACGCAAGGAAUUUCAAUUUCAACACCAGGAUGUGAUAUUAUUGGUAUAAUAUCACAUGAAAUUGGUCAUACAUUGGGAAUAUUUCAUGAGCAAGCACGAUCAGUAAUGCAUUAUGGACCAUAUGGAUUUGCAGCAGAUCCAUACAUACCAACAAUUACAACACGUAAUAAAUUUCAGCAAUACACAAUUGGACAACGUGAAGGACCAUCAUUUCUGGAUUAUGCAGCUAUAAACAUAGCUUAUCAUUGUACGGAACAAUGUCCUUCUAUUCAUUGCGAUCAUAAUGGUUAUCCGAAUCCUAAUAAUUGUGACAAAUGCUUAUGUCCAGAUGGUUUUGCUGGUCGUACCUGUCAAUUUGUUCAAUAUACAUCUUGUGGUGCUCUUAUUAAGGUAAGCAUUGCUUUCAUUUUGUUUCUUUUCUGA